AUGUGCGGCUCGUGCUGUUCCCCUUGCUGCCAGCCUACGUGCUGCAGGACCAUCUGCUGCAGGACCACGUGCUGCCGGCCCAGCUGCUGCGGGUGUGGCGGUGGCUGUGGACAAAGCGGCUGCGGGUCCAGUUGCUGCGGGUCCUGCUGCUGCCAGCCCUGCUGCUGCUGCCGCCCAACGUGCUGUCAGACCACCUGCUGCAGGACCACGUGCUGCCGGCCCAGCUGCUGCGGGUGCGGCGGCGGCUGCGGACAAGGCGGCUGCGGACAAGGUGGCUGCGGGUCCAGCUGCUGCGGGUCCUGUUGCUGCCGCCCAACUUGCUGUCAGACCACCUGCUGCCGGCCCACGUGCUGCCGGCCCAGCUGCUGCGGGUGCCUUGGCGGGUGCGGCGGCGGCUGUGGACAAGGCGGCUGCGGCUGCGGCGGCUGCGGGUCCUGCUGCUGCCAGCCUUGCUGCUGCUACUGCCGCCCAACUUGCUGUCACACCACCUGCUGUAGGACCACCUGCUGCCGGCCCAGCUGCUGUGGGUGUGGCGGCGGCUGUGGACAAGGCGGCUGCGGGUCCGGCUGCUGCGGGUCCAGCUGCUGA